AUGUCUCAAGACGAGCGCACGUUUAUUGCUCUGAAGCCGGAUGGAAUGAAUCGCGGCCUGCUUGGCAACAUUAUUUCCCGUUUUGAGGCCAAGGGCUACAAAUUGGUUGGCAUCAAGACUCUCGUUCCUAGCCGGCAGCUUGCUGAGACCCACUAUGCGUCUCUGUCGUCGAAGCCAUUUUUCGCCGGCCUCGUCGACUUCAUUACGUCAGGACCUGUCUGUGCUAUGGUGUGGGAGGGCGCAGGCGUUGUAACUACAGCCAGAAAAAUGAUCGGGGAAACAAACCCGCUCUCGAGUAACCCAGGCACUAUUCGCGGUGAUUUUGGCGUCGAUGUUGGGCGCAAUGGUUCUGAUGCCGUCGACACAGCGACCCGCGAAAUUGGGAUCUGGUUCGAACCGUCCGAACUUUGCACCUGGUCUCCAACGGCUUCGGUAUGGAUAUAUGAAUAA